AUGGCCCCGAAAGUCCAGUGGACCUGCCAACGCUUCUCCGAACUCUCGGUUGACCGGCUCUACGACGUCCUCCACGCGCGCUGCUCGGUCUUUGUCGCAGAGCAAAAGUGCGUCUGGCUCGAGGUCGACAACCUCGACAAGGCGGCCACGAUGCGCCACUUGGUUGGCACGACGCCCGCCAACCAAGUCGCUGCCUACGCGCGGCUGCUUGGCCCAUAUACGAAAGGCCCCACACAAGACUAUGCGAUGAUCAGCCGCGUGCUCACCACCGCAGCCUUUCGCGGCCAUGGCCUCGGCAAGACCGUCAUGCAGGAAGCGAUCGCGGCGUGCGAGGUCGAGUGGCCGGACAAAAGCAUUCUCAUCAACGCACAGGCCUACCUUGAGCCAUUUUACAAGUCGCUCGGGUUUCUCCAGACGUCCGAGCUCUACGAAGAGGAUGGCAUCAUGCACAUGGACAUGAUCCGAACGCCGUCGUCGUCGUCGACGCAGUGAUGCUAGCCGCCGCGAUCUUCCAAGCAUUCCGUUGUACAAAAACAAAAUUCUACUUUCGCACACUAGUAGUAAUCUUCAAUCGGC